GCACCCAAAGAAAAGCUUGUCUCUCUCCUUUUAUAUUUGUAAAGUUUAUUCAAAUUUACUCGUGCUUUAAACGUAAAGAGUUUAAGAUGAACAAGUUCAGUAUAAAUAGGGUAACGUUAUUAAAUAGGAAAAUAUAAAUUAUGACAAAGCGUGGUUUUUAUUCUUUUCAUGUUUGUGGCUAUAAAUGUCUUCGAGUCAUAUUGUAAUUAAGGAUUAUUUCUAAUUCCUUGAAUAAUAUGUAAGUUACUUCCUGGAUAAACAAAGAAUACGUGACUGUAUUAAAAUUAGUUAAUAGAACAAUUAAAUAUUGACUUAAAUUGAAACGAAUGAGUUGUACGUGGGAGAUUUCUUUAAAAGAUUAUAUGAAUGUGGUUAAUUCCUACAUUGACACACGAUACAAAUAUCAGUACUUUUGAAGACAUGACUGUAUUUUGAUACAAUAUGGAUAUAAAAAUCAGUGCUUUUUAAGACAUGAUUUGACACAAAAUUAAAUUUAAGUUAAAAGUGAUACUUCUACGACUGUAUAAUAUACAAACAUUGGAAGCUUAGCAUUCAGAAUGGAAUUAAGUAAACAAUACCUGUCUUUCCUCCUGCUUUUGAUUUUAACAGUUAUCAUAGAUAGAAGCGGUUCUUCAGAUGCUAUGUCUCCGCACUGCGAUGCUACAACAUUGAGAGGAACUGAAAUAAAUCGCAAUAAACUGAAAGUUUGGAAAGUAAAUGACACCUCAAUAGAAGAGCCUUAUGAUGAAUACCAAAGGUUAGAUAUCUGUCUCAGUAAUGGAUCACUAAGGAUAAACUGGACAAUGAACCCAACUCGAGGAAAUGAACUGAAACUUUGUUACGACGUGAAAAGGGUUCGAAACAUGAACAUUCUCAUCACUAACUGCUUUAUGGUACACGUUCCGCAUCUUCAUCACAAAACUCAAGUGUAUUGCUGGUUUGGAAUGGAAAAUAUUCAGAAAGAACCUUAUAUCCAUGCUUUGGUUACCCAGGAGGCACAAUACAAUAUAUAUUAUUAUGAAUAUAUAUACACUACACAUAAAGAUAUAACCAAGGACUGUGAUCAUGAUAUAUGUUACCAGCAUGUAGUACAGUUGAAAUACAGAGUAAUCCUAUGUGGCGGAACCAACCGAAUACAACACGAGGACGGCGUCAGUAUAGAUCAAUUAACAUUUAGUGCCAGCAACUCAACACAGUGUCAGAAUAUCAGGCUUGUGUUUUCCAGAGUUACUGAAAGAGAAGUUGAAUUUACUGUAAACUGUACCAAUGAUGGUCUAGGUAGAAUAUAUCUUGUUUAUACAGUGCGAGGAAAAUACUGCCAUACAUAUUUCGAGACAAGAGUAUCUUGUGCAACAGGUACUUUGAUGCAAGCAACUCCCCAACCUUCGCUGCCUCCAAAACCUAAGUAUCAUGAAAUUACGUUGAUGGCGACGUUUAUAGUGGUUACCGUGAUAAUAAUAUCGGUAUCAGUUGGUGGUGUUUUAGUGAUAAGAAGACGGCGACAGCGAGACAGACAUCAACAUUCAGGAAUACAGGUUUUAAAUAACAGAAACGAAUCCAAACAUCUCAGUUCGGACAACGAUGCCGGUGAUGUAGAAGAAAACAAUAUGUUAGUCACCAAGACGUGACAUUUUGGAACACUCAGAUGAAGAGGAACGACCUUAGAAUUCAUUGAUUUGUUGCUGUUGUACAAUCGAUUGAAAUUAGCCGAUAAAAAUAACUUCAAAAUUUCGGCACACCUCUAGUCAGACCAAAGAGUAUUCCUUUUUGUCAUUACGUUCAUCCGACAACAAGUAGAUAGACUUUGGAGCGCCUUUCAUCAAAUCCGGAUAUCAUUUUGCAUUCUCAGUGCAUCAUAUAAUACUGUUUCACUAGACUUGAAAUGUCAUUUAGAUGACGUGUGUUGAUAAAAGAUUGAAACUACUACCAUGAAAUACCUCUUCGGGGCAGAUGCCAUUUGAGGUGCAAUACGCUUUUGACGCUUUGAUAUAUUAUUUUUUAAAAAAAGGUAUUGUGCACAUUCAUUUGUUAUUUUAUGAUUAAAACUACUACCAUGAAAUACCUCGUUUGAAAAGUUCCAAUUUGAGAUGCAAUAUGGUAAAGACGCAUUGCUGCAUCAUUUUCAAAUACGUUCAUUUAUUAUAUCAUGGUUAAAACUACUACCAUGAAAUAUCUCUUCCGAGCCAUUGCCAUUUGCGAUGCAAUAUGUUAUAGACGCAUUGCUAUAUCAUUUUCAAAUUAUGUUUUUGCAUUUUCAUUUAUUAUUUUAUCGUUUAAUUUGGUGAGCCAAUACUUACGCUUAAGAUUGUCUCUCUGCUUUUGAUUUAUAUAUUUAAAAUGUACGAAGUUCUUCUUACAUUUACUAAAACUGUAGUCAUACAUCGGAAGUGAUUUUUAAGUACUGCGCUGUGCUAUUCAGCCUCCUCCGUUGACAGAUUACCUAUUAAUCUGACAGUAGAGCUUACAUUUGUCGAUAUAAUACAUUUUCAACUGUCAAAUGUUAUCUCAUAGACUAAUAGCUUCCAUGACAUAUGUUUGUUAGCCAAUCAAAUUUAACCAUGCCAAAGAUAGAAUCUCUUUUUACAUGUAGAUUUGUUCAGUAUAAUUAUUAUAUCCUAACGUGUUGUACAAUUUACUUUUAUGAUUGUUCAAGAUAACGAUAUUAUUGUGUCUCACGAUUGCAAGUGGCUACUAUUCCAUGUACAUAUAGAUAAAAACAAGUAGACUAGUUUUACGAUGAGCCCUUAAAGGUCUGCUCUGUUUUAAAUUUGUCAUAACGUCCAGAUUACGUGCUUAGGUGUUGCUGUGUGGAUUCUCAGGCUUACUUUGAAAACCUUAUAUAUGUACUGGUAUUUAAUAAACGUUGAAAAUAACUAAUGUGUCGUAUGCUGUUGCUAUAAUUAGUUGAAAAACAUAACAAAUCGUAUUGUGUUAUCAUUAAAAUAGCAAAUUUUU